UCAGUAACCAUGGCCCAUUACAAGGCUGAGCAGGAUGACUGGCUGAUUGUCUACCUGAAGUAUUUACUCUUUGUGUUCAACUUCUUCUUCUGGGUCGGGGGGGCCACCGUCCUGGCUGUGGGCAUCUGGACCCUGGUGGAGAAGAGCGGCUACCUCAGCGUCCUGGCCUCCAGCACCUUCGCGGCCUCCGCCUAUAUCCUUAUCUUCGCGGGCACCCUCGUCAUGGUGACUGGCUUCCUGGGCUUCGGAGCCACCAUCCGGGAGGACCGGAGCUGCCUCUCCGCGUACUUCUGCCUAUUGCUGGUGAUCUUCCUGGUUGAGCUGGUGGCAGGGGUCCUGGCCCACGUGUACUACCAGAGGCUGGGUGAUGAACUGAAGCAGCACCUGACCCGGACUUUGUCUGAGAACUACGGGCAGCCGGGAGCCGCGGAGAUUACCGCCUCUGUUGACCGUCUGCAGCAGGAUUUCAAGUGCUGCGGGAGCAACAGCUCUGCCGACUGGCAGCACAGCGCCUACAUCCUGUCUCAGGAGGGUGAGGGCCGCCGGGUACCCGACAGCUGCUGCAAGACUGUGGUGGCGCGCUGCGGCCAGAGGGCCCACCCCUCCAACAUCUACAAGGUGGAGGGAGGCUGCAUCACCAAACUGGAACAGUUCCUGGCCAACCAUCUCCUGCUCAUGGGGGCGGUGGGCAUCGGGGUAGCCUGCCUGCAGACCUGCGGAAUGGUUCUCACCUGCUGCUUGCACCGGAGGCUCCAGCUGCAUUUUCACUAAUGGCCAACCGUGUCCCCCUCUGACUGCCUCUCA